AUGAACCUACCACUCUCACUGCCCUCGCCACUCAGCAUCCCAACCAACUACAGCCAGCUCCAGCUCCUGCCAGAAGCAUCCCACGCACUCCUCGAGAUCAUCGAAACCGAACAUGGAUACCUGCUCGACCUCAGGAGACUCGAACAGUUCUACCUGGCCAAGAUCGACGCAGCAGCAACACUCAAGAUCUACGAGAAACACAUCAUCAAACGAAACAUCGCCCAGCUCAUCGAACUGGCCGAACGAUUCUCACGCCGGAUCUCAAUCGCAAUCGGAGGAACACAACAACUAGAACGCUGGAAGAACAAACAAGAAGAACAGCAGGAACAAGACCUCGAUCGGAUCAUCGAACGGGUCGCAAAGGCAUUCAUCAGCGAAUCACCCAUCUUCACCAUCUACGAAGAUCUCCUCAACCAGAUCAACCAGCCCAGCCCCACAAACCCGCUCAGAGCCCGGGCGAUCGAACGGGUCCAACAGGCACUCUGGGCCAUGAAACAGGUCGCUGAAGGCGUCGAUGAAGCUAAAUCACUCAGGGAGGUCGAACUCAAGACUGAACUCAUCGCGAGUCGAAUGGAACUACAUUCAUCCUAUCGAGCUGCAUUCGUCUGUCUGCUCGGCCAAAUCAAACUCGUCGGAUCGUUGCAUAUCCUCUACCACGCCCCCAGUCUAGAUCCAAGCGAAGCCUUCAAGAUCAAAUACCAUGGCAUCUUUCUAUAUCAAACCCAUCUCGUUAUCGUCAAAGUCAAACGAGCCACCGUCUACGAACCACGCCACUGGUUCCCCAUCAGAUAUUUCGACCUCAUCGACAUCUCCGACAGCUCUGGUUUGAUGCCCCAUUCAUUCAGCCUCAAGUAUCGCCAACACACCUUCGAGUUUGGCGCAACCUGCGAACCGGAAAAGAGAUGCUGGAUGAACAAGCUCAGAGAACUCAAGCUGGAGAUCGAACAACUCAGAUCGAUCCAGAUCAUGUCCGCCAUGCCGAUCAGCGACGAUUCCAUCGUCUCAAGCAUCAACCUCCUCGAAAACCCCAACCCAUCCCCCAUCGAACCUCCCACCAGAGACCGCUCACCCGUCGAAGAAGACCAGCCGGCCUGCGAUGAACCCGUACCCACCACCCCGGUCGCACCGGCCACCCAAUCCAGAGUCUCCCAACGACUGUCGAGAAACGUGAACACCUUGUUGGGAAGGACGGCCGAGGUCGCCCAGGCUGCUAUCGACCUCAAGCUCACGGAGAUCUUCUCGGAUGUGCUCCUGCAUGCCAGGCUGCAAGAUUCUGGAGCCGAGAGCGGUGGCGCGCGGGCACGCACCCUGUCUGCCACCGGCACGACCAGCGCCAAGAGGACCCACACCGCCCAUGCUGCCGCGAUCCCUCGGAACGCCGGGCACGGAAAUGGCGGCGACCGGAAGAUGAAGCGGAUGAGCUGCAUGGAGCCCAACAUCCGUCCGCGCGAGAUGCUCCCCCCACCCCCGCUCCCUCGCAUCUUCAAUCCCUCUUCCGACGAGACCCCCUGGAGCGGGAGCCCGAGCAGCAGUCUGCGACGAGCCCGGAGUGGCCCGGCCCUCGUCAGCCGAUCCUCGAGCAGCCUACCCCAGGCCGACCUCGAUGACGCUACCGUGACAAGCCAGCCUCUCCCGGCCCUCGAAGCCAGCCAACAAGCGGCCUCGGCGGAAGAGCUCCUGCCGGGCUGUCUGCGAUGUCCGUCCCCGGACCAGGAGGAGCAUUCCAGCAACAAGCUGGGGCCAAACGACCCCGUGCUGGCGGCCUCGACGAAGUCCACAGGCUCGACGCCCUUAUGGCUGCCCGGCCUCAAGAUGGUCCGCCGCCUGUCCCGGGUCGGCACCCGGAGCAAGAAAGACGCCGACGCCGACCCCCUCGACCCCAAGGCGACCGCGCCCCCCUCCCUGCUCGUCGACCCUGCCAAACGCAGCAUCCACAGUCGCCAGGCGAGUACCCCUCACCCCACAACAGCCGCCGCCAACGCCGGCGAACACUCGUCGUCGGAGUACUGCCAGAACACGUUCCGCAGGGUGUUCAUGAAACGCAACCGCAGCUCCGCCAGCUCCUCCGUCGCCGGCGACUCCCGCUUCUCGAGCGCCAGCCCCGCCCUCGGCCUCGACCCCGUCGCGGCCAAGGAAAGGCAGGGGCCCACGAGCCUGCGGCGCCCCGCUACCGCCGCAUCCUCGGUGCCCUCCACACCCGCUCCAUCCUCCCGACCCGGCGGCGCGCGUCCCGCUUCCUUUGUAGACUCGUCGCCCUCGUCGUGGUCUUGUCUGUUCCGUCCCUCCCCUCCCUCUCCUUACGUCCAGCCCGCACACCACCACACCCCAGCAGCAGCAGCAUCCUCCAACCCCAAAAGCCAGUCCCUUGUUUCUCUCUCCCCUCUUGACCAUCCGCCCUUCGCAUCCUUACUCACAAGCACCCACCCACACAUCAUACAACCGCCACACGCGAGGGCGCAACAGAAGCUCUCGAGAUUGGUGUUCGACGAGCAGGCCAAAAAUGAGGCCCAGCUGCCCGACUUCUAUGUGAUUGCUUUCCAGGAGCUUGCCGAGUUGCAUCUCACGUUUUCAUCACUUACCGGAGGGGCGAUCCACGAUCGGCAUCAAUCGAUGAUCCGAGCGUUCUCCUCCGGCCUGAGGACUAUCAAGGGGGAUCAAGGGCCUGGGCUCGAUAAGGGAAACAACUUCGAAGCACUUACCUACAACCUCCUCGCCGAUCCUACCCACGGAGGACUCGGGCUGCUCGUAUACGCCAGAAACGACACCGUCUUCCAGGAUAUCCAGAGCGUCAGGACGGCGGAGGCUAGCUGUGGAUUCCUCAAUCUCAUGAACAACAAGGGCGCCGUCGGGGUCAGAGUGACCAUUCGGCCAUCUGAUCUCUCUCACCAAAGCGGCUCGGUCGGCGAAGAAAUUUUCACCUUUGUCAACGCCCAUCUCGCCGCUCACGACUCCGGAAUCAUUGCUCGCAAUCGCGACUACCAAACCAUUGUCAGCCGGCUACUCUUCGAAACCGCCCAUGGUCACCACACUAUUUAUGACACCAAUCAUCUAUUCUUCAUAGGCGAUCUGAACUACCGGAUUUCGCUCACCCCGUUAGGCACAUCUAAUCUGAAGCCGAUCGACAGAGAAGCCUUGAACAAGACUUUUCAAGAGGGCCGACACUCUAGCCUAUUUCUGGAGCAUGACACGCUCUCUCAUCAGCACGCAUGUGGCAAUGUUCUGGUCGGUUUAAGGGAGGCCCCGAUCACUUUCAAGCCGACUUACAAAUACAAGCUGAACGCCGGAGACCAAUUCGUUAGCUUUGAGCAUCGGUUGCCUGGGUGGACCGAUCGAAUCUUCGUGGCGUCUUCGCUUGACGACCCGCAGCUGGGAUCGGUUGACGGGGGUGCCCAAGUGCUCGACUAUCAGUCGCUUCCCGAGUAUGACGGCAGUGACCACAAGCCGGUAUUCGCGGUGAUCGAUCUGCCGCGCUGGACACCCCGCCAAUCUCCUCCUAAACUCUUGAAUACCCGGCCGCGCAUCGAGAUCGACUGGCAAUGGAAAGAGAAAAAAGCGCUCGGGAUGCUCUUGGAUAAGACCUGCGGAGUCUUCUUGCUGGCCGCGGUUUUUGUCGGCUUUGGGAAUCUUACCUUUGGGUUCAUCAACCUUGGACUUCUCUCCUUGUUUGGCUGGAAAUGGACCCGAGGCUAUGUCCAUUGA